AUGGGUGUCCAAAAGAAAUCUCGCAAGUUUGCGCAGGCAAAGAGAGCAAUUUCUCUUCGCGAUAACCGUCUGAAAGAGAGUGAAAAAACGGACAAGAAGGGCAAGACAGGAAAGGAUGAUGUUGUCAAAGAAGCGCUCCAUCGUCGCUUUUCUUUCAAUACAACACGGCUCUGGCCCCCCCCAUAUUCCGUGCUUGUCGACACCAACUUCAUCUCACACACCAUACAACACAAGCUCGAGGUCAUUCCCACCAUGAUGGACUGCCUAUAUGCCAAGUGCAUCCCUGUCAUCACGGACUGCGUGCUUGCCGAGCUGGAGAAACUGGGCCAAAAAUAUCGACUUGCAUUGCGUGUCGCCAAAGACCCCCGCUUCGAAAGAAUAAGGUGUGACCACAAGGGUACAUAUGCAGAUGACUGCCUUGUCGAUCGAGUGAUCAAGCAUCGCGUGUAUAUCGUGGCAACCAACGAUCGCGAUCUGAAGAGACGCAUUCGCAAAAUUCCUGGAGCACCGAUCAUGAGCGUUGCUCGUGGGAAAUACGUAAUUGAGCGACUUCCAGAUGCUCCUGAAAAGUGA